UUGAAUCACUGCUGCCGUUGCUAUUUCGUCGUCUGGUGUCCCUUGUCAAACCGGCACAGUCAUCCUCGACCGGAUGAAACCACCGACCACCGUCUUCAUCACAGCCCUGUUCAGACCGGUGUCCUGUACUCGUGUGGUUCUAAGGUGAAGGUCACGUGGCGUUCACAGAAGGUGUGUCUGCUCUCCUGCAUCCACAUGGCUCGUGUCUUUGUCUAUGGCACCCUGAAGAAAGGGCAGCCAAACUACUUCCGUAUGUUCGACGGCACCAAUGGAAAGGCUGAGUUCCUCGCCUCGGCUUUCACCACUGACAAAUACCCACUGGUGAUCGCCGGCAAGUAUAACAUCCCUUUCCUCCUCAAAAUCCCUGGCCAGGGCCACAGAGUCCACGGAGAGAUCUACAAAGUGGAUGACAGGAUGCUGAGGUUCCUGGACGACUUUGAGGGCGUCCCCACCAUGUAUCAACGGACUCUGGUCAAUCUGGAGGUGAAGGAGUGGGUGGGGCAGGCGGAAGGAGGGGAGACACCGUCACCGGGGAGCAUCACAGAGGCGUUUGUGUACAGCACGACCACGUACCAGCCUGACUGGCCCUCGCUGCCCAGCUAUGAGAGCUAUGACGCAUACGGAGAUCAUGGGCUCGAGUAUGUGACCAGAGAAGGACGAGAUUGAUGGAGCUCACCGGCGCAUUCACGCUCAGUUUUGCCUCCUAUUUACCUCAGAGCAUUAGCUAAGCAAAACUCUUUUAUUUUCAUAACUUCAGAUAAGUAUUAAGUAUGAGAAUCAAACUGAAAAGCUUCUACUGUUGUGCAGUUCCUACAACAUGUACUGUAUCUUUAAGAGGAAAUGAGUUAUUAUAUGAUAUCAGUUGAUCAGAGGUAUGACAUUUAUCUUUUUUUUAAGGAAACCCGGCCAUAAAUAGACAUGUUUGUUAUUAUGUUAAUCACUAUGGUCUCAAUAUAUAAUUCAUUGCAGGUCUUUUAUUGAUUUGUCUUACUUGAAGUACUUGAAAAGAUGUCGUGAAAUGCUGCACUAUAAAUACUGUUUCAAAUGUCAUUCAUCACACUGUGUUUUACAGUCUAGUUUCUCAUAUUAGUUGUGUGAAUUCAUAACAUUUAGCUGAGCACCCAAGUACAUUCCAGUAAUGUUAAAUACUGUGACAGAUAUUAUUGACAAAAUUAUCUCUACAACCAACUGCAGCUGAGUGUGUAUAACACUGAGGCAGGUUGUUGGUGUAAAACAAAAUAAAAGCGUGGUCAAGUUUUCUGGGAGAAAUUAAGAUGUGGUGUGAGGUUUUAUGAAACUAUAUUCUUAGAGGUUUCUGGCAGCAUGACCUGUUUAUUAUAAUACCAAGAAAAAACACUUGCUGUAUCUAUGAUUUAAGCUUUGGAGACAGCUUGUUCCAUAAACACCUGCCACACAGAUCUUCCAGACACAACUUACACUCGCUGUGAAAGGUCUAAGCAAACUUUUCUGUGUAAAUGUGAAGUAAAUCAGCUUAAAGGAGUCAACAUCUUGUCUGUGCUUCUCUAGAUUACAGUGACAUAAACUUUCAAAGGAGGCAUUAUAACACACCAGUUACUUGAACAAGUCCCUGGUCCCUAAACUUCCACUUUUGUUUCCAUGUUUACGUUCUGCUUUGCUUUUAUAUGUGAUUUUUUUCCCCCAUGAAAUCCUUUAUUCUGUGUAGUUUUUCAAGGUUUUCCUUUAUGUUGUGUUACUGUAAUCCCAUCAGGCUGUGUAACCAUGAAAUCCAGAUAAAAAACAAAAGACAUCAGUA